AUGGCCGAAGCAGACCUCUCGAUUGAAUCACGUAUUCAAUCGGCCCUUCUUGACCUAGAGGACCAAAAUAAGACUAAUAUUAAGGGCUACGCGCGUGCUCAUAACCUACCGUAUCAACGGCUUCUUGCGCGUUACAACGGCCGCAAAUCGCGCUAUGAGCGUAAGCCAGCAGGUCGCAAGCUUGAUGAAGCACAAGAAUCUGCUCUGUGCAGAUAUCUUGAUUACCUUGGUUCGAUCUAUCUACACCCUAAAUGCGCUGAAAUCGCUGCUGCGGCCAAUUCGAUUCUUGCUCAUUGUCACACCGACCCUACGCAACCCCCACCUACAAUCGGCCAAAAUUGGCUACCUCGCUUCCUUACGCGUCACCCUGAAUAUCGCGUACGCCGCCUAAGGGUCCUCGAUAUCGAGAGGAAGAAGUGUCUCGAUCGGCAGAUCGCUACAGAGUGGUUUGAAUCGUAUAAAGCUACGAUUGCCCGCUAUGGUAUCGUAGCCGAUGAUAUUUAG